AUGAGUGGAGACAGUUCCUUGAUUAUUAUUAUCUGCAUCCUGGCCCUAUUGAGCGCAUCCUUAUUGCUAAUUAAUAACAGGCUAGCUGUUAAGAAGCCAGAUCCAGCCAAACUUAGCCCCUACGAAUGUGGAUUCAGCGUUUCAGGUUAUGGGGCUCUUAACUAUGCCGAUAAAGGCAAACCCUCUGAAAAUCCUGAAUAA